AACAUCGCAUAGGAGAGGAGAAUUCAUAAUGAUCAUAUUUUAGCCAUAGACGACUCAUGCAAGAAGAGGUAAAUGGAACGCGAAAUGGACUAAAUGCGUUUUGAAAUCCAAAUCAUGAACGCCGGCAAGGUGAAAUUAUGCGCGUCACUUUUUAUGUGGCUUGGAAUAGUUACGUGGAUUGGAAAUGUGAAGUUGCAUCUUUGGUUCGUAUUUGUCCAGCAAUCCACUGAACGGGACGUUGUAUUUUCUGUUGCAAACGAGCAGGUAAAUAUUUCUAAAAGACACGCGCCGGUGAACGCAGGAUUGCGCGAUGGAAAAACUUUUAGUAUUCUGGAUAACGCGAUCGAGCACCGGGUCUUCUGGAGCUCGUGGCUCGACGGUCUCUCCACUCGUGUUUUUGGCGUGGAGCACGAGAGGAAGUGGAGAGAGCAGGUUCGGGACGCUCGGGUGGUUGUGCUGGAAGCGGGCUGCGGCCGACCCACAAACCGCCUAGCGACCUUCGCCGACGGCACGAGAGCAUGCGUGCGAUACGGCAUCGACGCGGAUCAAGUGCUGGGAGAAACGCUCUCGUAUUAUCUAGCGGAACUGCUUGGGAUUUCCAACCUUCCGCCCUUGGUGCUUUCCAAACUGAACCUGUCCAGUGAGCAGUGGGCAAGUGUGCGAGGAAAUAUCGAGGCGUUAGGGUGGUCGCCAAAUGCCAUUGUGUCUCUCACUGAAUUCAUCCCAAAUGUCACUGGAGUGUUUAUUCCAUUGCAUUUGCGGAAACAGCAAGUAGGAGCUCUGCAACUCUCUGCUGAGAAUAUAUCUAACAUGACUGUAACGUAUCUGGUUGAGUUAAUGCAAUGGAGUGAUCUAAUCCUAUUUGAUUAUUUAACAGCCAACUUUGAUCGAAUUGUCAGUCACAUUUUCAGUCUCCAGUGGGACGCGCGCGUGAUGGAGAGGACCACUAAUAACCUUCUCAAAACAGUCAACGGGCAUUUGCUUUUUAUUGAUAACGAGGCAGGGCUUGUUCACGGAUACAGAGUGCUUGACUUGUGGGAACGAUAUCACAGGCUACUGCUGGGUUCGUCGUGUAUUUUUCGCAGAAGUACAGUCCGGCGUGUUUCUGAGUUGAAGCGCUCCGGGAACAGCGCGAAGCGGCUGUGUGAGCUGUACCGCGCGAGGGAACCGUUGGCGCGCGAGCUGGGCUCUCUGUCUGAAGAGCACGCGAUUACGUUGCAGAACAGGAUUGAUGUGGUUUACAAACACAUUAGGCAGUGCACAGAAAUCAUGUAGACAUUUGCGAGCUCAGGUGUUUCUAUUUGUAGGUGCUAUAAAUACGUUGCUGUCUGUAUUGUUAUCGUGCCAUUCCAAUGUGAACUUAUAAUGCUUAGUAGAAUUAAUGAAUAACGUGGCAGAAUAGGGAUAUUAGCAAAAGGCUGCUAUUGUUGAGUCUAUGGGUUGAAAACAGACCAGUUUGGGCAGGCAGCAAGCUGGUUUAAGAUGUUUUGUUUUCAUGAGGGUCCAAAAUAAUUAAUCAAUAAUAAAGAGUAAAUGGAUCUUACAGUCUUAACACACUGUCUCAUAUUUGCAUGUAUCCUAAACUUUGGAUAUUUCAUAUAAAUCUAUGGUAUUUAUUUAUUCAUCCCUAAACUGUUUAAAUGAAUGUCAAGUGUGGUGUGCUGUUGUUACACCUACCACACCCAGAUGAGUUGUAACACAGAAAAUGUACUACAUUUAAAAUCUAUCUGUUCAUUUAUUUGUGAUUUUUCAUAUCAGUCUACAUUUUGUUCAAAUUUGUGCAAUAUCUGUAGGUCCAAUAGAAUUAAAUGUCAAAGAAGUGUUACAACCCUCCCCAUCUGUUCGGCCAUGAUGCUUCUCAUUUCUAUAACAUGCAGAUGAGAUCAUCUUAGCAUUGGUUGAAUGUGAAUAGGCUUGACAGAAUGAUGUAUGACUGUUCAAUGCAGCUUAUUAUGAAUGCUGAGACAGCAAUGUGUUUCGGUACUAUUAUCAGUAAUAUUGAUCUCCAUGAUUGAUAUAUACUCUACAAAACCCUUCCUGAAAAACAAUUACAUGCAUUAUUUUCCUAGUUUGGAAUUAUGCUUUAUUAAUGUAUUUGCCCACAUUUUUAUUGGUGGAGUAGAGUCAGACAAAAAAAAUCAACUUGUUUGCAAAAAAUGGCAAAUCUAAUAUGUAUUAUUAAAUCUGUCAAUUAUGUUUGGUUCCAUAAAUCAGAUGUGAUGGAGGCAGGGUGAACUGUCAUUAAAUAUUAAAGUGAAAUCU